GAGAGGAUUUCGACAAAGUCCAGAGCUAUCCAAAGAGGUUCCUUCGACACGGCGAUGCAUUCCUGCACUAUUAUCCUGCUGUUAGUUAAUAUCCUUAUCAUCAUCCAUACAGUGGAUGCAUUUUUAUGGUGGAAUCCUGAUCCGAAAGACUACUGUCCGGAAAGAGAAUCGGCAAGCCCAUAUUACUUUGGUACAACCGACUUAACUUGUAUGAUGAGAAGCGACAGGCGUAAGCGAGAAAUACCACAGAGAAGCAAACUACUUUGGGCGCAUCGGUUUAUUUAUUACAAAGGAUAUUAUUUUGAGUUUGGGAGCAAUACUGCCCACAUUGGUACGAACAGGAGCUACAAUCAUUGUUCAGGGUCAGUUGAAAGCAAACCAGCUGGAUACAGUACGCUGAGUCUCGAUUGCAUAAAGAGCUGUACCUCAAAUUACAGAUGCUACUUUGGAGACUACCACUUACUUAAUAACAACUGCCACAGUUUUGCUAAUCACCUUUCUAAAGAACUCUGUUUAAGAACACGAUGUCCACGUUGGUGCACUGACGAUAAUGCAGUAUGCCCAUGAGUGCACUGAUAUCUACUUUCUAUUAUACAAUGUAUAAUGCUACCAAGAAAUAUAUUUACUCCAAAACUGAUAUUGCUUAGCCCGAUUAUAUUUCAUUUUCCCAAAUCUUUAAGCUGUUCUUCAUUAUUUUCAUGCAUCCUAUUGACAAAUAAAUGAACAAAACAAAUCUAUGUACAGACUGAGCGCUAAAAAGCUGUUUGGGAAAUCUUACAUAAUUAACACAUUCUGAAACCCAUGUCCCUAAUUUUAAUUGAAAAUAGUUGAAAAAAAAUCAUAAUUUUUUUUAAGGAAAUGUUGAUUAAAAUUCAUUGAUUUUAAAUUACAGAAACUCCAACGCCAUUGUUUCGCACAAAGUAGUACAUUGUACUUGUUAGAAUGUAAACUUUGAUUACUAUUGUUAUGCCAAUUUGCAGGAAAGAAAGUGAACUAAGAUCUGUCAAUUUCCUUACAUAUUGAUUGAAUUGAUAUUUAUUAAAAUAUUCCUAUGACAUUUUGAUAAUUAAAAUAAAAAACAAGUCAAGAUUCCGGCCUGCAAGAAUCACGAUGGACGGUUUGAAUUGCAAUGAACGUUAAGGUGGUAUGGGACAUCUGUCGAUACUAUUGUAGAUCAAAGUACAUUAUAAAUGAAAUACUUUCUCCGGUU